CAAUCUAAAACAAUAAUUUUAUAAAUCUAAGAUUAGUGAUUAAAUCAUGCACAACAAAUUUAGUAAUCCUUGAUUUUAGCAAUCAAAAUCUACAAAUCCGAAAAAAAUGAGGAACAAAAAGUAUUUCCUUGUUUACUAGGUCCACUCUUUUCAACUCUCAAGUGAGCAUGGUCAUUUGGUAUGACUUUGGUGGAUAGCCUCCCCACCCCACCACACCCCGCGUCAAGACAAUGGCAUUGUUUGUAGUGGGGGCAAAUUCUCCCUACUUCCAUAGAUUGUUGAUUGCGUUAAUCAUUCUUUCUAAUUCUUUAUUCAAGAUCAAUACUUUAAUUGUACUUAUACAAUUAGAAAAAAUAAAUGCAAAAAACCUAACAAUAUUUUUUCAAACAAGAAAAUAAGGGGAAAGUCUUGUACGACUACUCGUUUUUUGUUGUCUUCUUUUAUAGAGUGGUAUUAUUUCCCUAAUUCCAUGUGCCCUUUUAUUUCUCAACCUUUUUUGACAAAAUUUUCCUUUUGUUCUCUUUUGGGUUUUUGGGUUUUCGCAGAUCUCUGGAUUUUGAAGAGCUAUAGUUCAGGUUUGGUUUAAUAUUCUUGCCUGGAUUGAGUUUUUUUUAUUGGCUCUUGUAUUUGUUUGAUGAAUUUACUGUGAAAGUAUGAUAAAUGUAGUUCUUUUUGGGGGGUUUUUGUUUUCAGUGGUUUUUGUUGAUGAAUUGAUUAUUUGAGCUGCUAAUUUGAUGAUUGGAAUCAAUAUGGUAAAUGAGUUAUUUUGGUUUUGAUCCAUCAUUUUGUUGGUGUAUUGUUUUUUGAUUUAUGCCCAAGGUUGCUAAUUGAUUGGUUGUUAUUUUUGAGGGUUUUUGAUGCUUUCUUAGUUGCUGGAAACAAAGAACUGAUUUGGAUUGGUGAUUUUUAUCUACCCUUUGGAUUUUGGUAGAAAGGAAGCCCCUUUUUGGGUCUUAGGUUGAAAUUGAAAUUGUAUUGGAAAUUGGAUAGUUGUAGGGAUCAAAUUUGCAUGAUAUGGAAGCUAAAUUUGGAGGGAAGACUAAUGGGUAUGGCCCAGUUGUGGCUGAAAUGAAGGCAGUAGGAAAGAGGACUAUAGAAUGGGAUUUAAAUGAUUGGAAAUGGGAUGGUGAUCUUUUUCUUGCCAGUCCAUUGAAUCCCGCGGCUUCGGAUUGUAGAAGUAGGCAGCUUUUUCCCCUCGGGCCAGAAUCUGUAGCAAAUGCUAAUGCCAAUGCCAAUGUCUCUAAUGGUUUGCCGUUUGGUUUCGAAGAAAUUGCUAUGACUAAUGAGAAUGAAAAGAGGGAAAUAGAGAAGAGGAGGAGGGUUGUGGAAGUUCAUGGUGAGGAAUUACAUGAUCAAGUCGGACCACUUGAUUUGAAGUUGGGUGAGCAGGUAUAUCCUAUAGUUGAGGGUGAAGUUGAUAGAAUUGAAGGAAAGAGUGUGAAAAAGAGUAAGUCUGCCGGAAGUUCUCAACCGGUAUGUCAGGUUGAAGGUUGUAGGGUCGAUCUUAGUUGUGGCAAGGACUAUCAUAGACGUCAUAAAGUUUGCGAAGUGCACUCCAAGGCUAGUGAAGCGUUGGUGGGAAACACUAUGCAACGGUUUUGUCAGCAGUGUAGCAGGUUCCACGCUCUACAAGAAUUUGAUGAUGGGAAGAGAAGCUGUCGUAGGCGUCUAGCUGGGCAUAACAAAAGGAGAAGAAAAACACAUGCUGAAACUUCACCUAAUGGUAGCUCUUUGGUUGAUGAAAGGAGUGCUGGCUAUCUAUUGAUUAGUCUGCUGAGAAUAUUAUCCAAUUUGCAUUCAAAUGCUUCAAAUGAGUCAAAAGAUCAGGAUCUGAUUUCUCACCUUUUGAGGAACCUUGCUGACCAAGUUAAUGGAAGCAACAUGUCUGAGUUAUAUAGAGCAUCCCAGAGUUUACUUAAUGCGGGGACCUCUGUUGGGAUGCCAGAAAAGGUCUCUUCAAGAAGUCAAGAAUCGUCUGAAGCUAUACCUUCAGCAGACGCUCAGAUUGGAUUAUUGAUAAGGGAGAAUCAGCAUGACACACGACAGACCCAACCGGCUGCACGACCAGAUGGUCUACGUCCUGCUAGCGGGUCUAUACCAGCAAAAGGAAUUGUGGAAGCGGCCAACCUUAAGAAACAAAACUUCAGUGGCAUUGACUUAAAUAGUGUUUAUACGGACUUGCCAGAAUGGUUAGAAAAUCCAGAAAAAGGACAUGGUUCUGUUGCUUGCGUACUUGGGCCAGAACAACAUUUACUGAAAUUGAGUCCACCUCAAACAAGUGGAUACUCGGAUUCGAAUUCUGGUCGUUCUAGUUCUAGUGGCAGUGAAACGCAGGGCCGCACUGAUCGGAUAGUAUUUAAGCUGUUUGGUAAGGAUCCAAAUGACUUGCCUCAUCUAUUGCGAACACAGAUUCUCGAUUGGUUGUCUCACAGUCCAACAGACAUUGAGGGGUACAUCAGGCCUGGCUGCAUUGUUUUAACAAUAUAUCUCCGCUUGAAUAAUGCCUUAUGGGAGGAGCUUUGCGAUGACAUGAGCUCCAGUUUUGGUAGACUCUUGAGUUUGUCUGAUGAUCCAUUUUGGAAAACCGGAUGGAUCUAUACCAGAGUGCAGCAACGUGCUGCAUUUGUCUGUGACGGUCAUGUCAUACUAGACACACCUUUACCUUUCAAGAACCGCCAGAGUCGAAUUUUAAGCAUCAGUCCCAUUGCGGUUCCUACUUCUGAGACGGUGCAGUUUGUGAUUAAGGGUUUUAAUCUCUCUGGACCAUCCUCCAGGUUACUCUGUGCAAUAGAAGGGAAGUAUUUGGUCGAGGAGAAUUGUUCUGCCUUGGCAGAAGAUACCGACACAGUUGCUGAGCAGGAUGAUGUCCAGUCUCUCGGCUUUUGUAUCUCUAUACCAAAUCUUGUUGGGAGAGGAUUUGUUGAGGUGGAAGAUUAUGGCCUCAAUGGUUGCUUCUUUCCAUUUAUAGUUGCGGAUCCUGAAAUUUGCUCCGAGAUAUGUAUGCUAGAAAGCCUAAUGGAGUAUGUUGGUACAGAAGAGGGUACCGAUGGAGAAUGUAGUACGUUGAAAGCUAGAAAUGACGCCUUAGAUUUUAUACAUGAGAUGGGCUGGUUGUUGCAUAGGACUAACUUAAGUUUGAGGCUAGGCCAAACCAAUCCCUGCUCAGAUCUUUUCCCUUUGGACCGACUAAAGUGGCUGAUACUGUUUUCAAUGGACCACGACUGGUGUGCCGUGCUGAGAAAACUUCUCGACAUUCUAUUCAGUGGAAUUGUAAAUACAAGGGAUCAUGCUUCUGUCGAACAUGCAUUAUCGGAGAUGACCCUGCUCCAUGCUGCCGUUCAAAGAAAUAAAAGGGCCAUGGUGGAGUUUCUGUUAAGAUACACGCCCCAAAAGGUUAGAAAUACAUCAGGUCUGGAACAGAAGCACCCGGAUAAUGGAACACCGGGUAGCUUCUUAUUUAGACCCGAUAUUGCUGGUUCCAAUGGCUUGACCCCUCUGCAUAUAGCUGCUAGUUGUGCUGGUUUUGAUAAUGUGUUGGAUGCGUUGCUUGAAGAUCCUGGAAAGGUUGGUAUUAAAGCUUGGGAAAACGCUCAAGACAGCACAGGAUUGACCGCUAAAGAUUACGCUUGCUUGAGAGGUCAUAACCAAUACAUCAAUUUGUUCCGAAGAAAAAUCAACAAAAAUUCAUCCGGCAAACAUGUGGUGGUCGAUAUCUAUGGAUUUCCCGACUUGGAAUCUAACCGAAAGCAAUCCGAUAUAAUCCAAAAUGCGAAGUUCAAUACCUUAUACACCGAGAACUGCAAACUCUGUGAGGAGAAGGUAGAUUACGGGUUUAAAGGAGCAGCGCUAACAUAUAGGCCAGCAAUUCUCUCACUUGUUACCAUUGCCGUAGUUUGUGUUUGUACGGCACUGCUAUUCAAGAGCAUGCCUCGAGUUUGUUUUGGGCCGUUGAGGUGGGAUUCGUUGAAAUAUGGAGCAAUGUAGGUAGCGAUCAGCUGUAUAGAUUUAAGCGGAUUUCGAUAAUUUAAGACAGUUUAGGGCAGAGGAGCAUGUGUCCCUAAGAAGUGUUUAAGCUAACAUAUUAGUUUUAUGAAAUGUGAAGUUUGUUUUCUUGUGUGGAUUACACAAUGUAUUAUGUAUAUAUAGAGUUUAAAUUUCGCUAUGUAUUUAUGAUGCCAAGAUAAGUAUUAGAUGCAUAAUUUACAUGAAAGUGUUUAUGUAAUGCUAUUAUUUA